AUGAUUGGAGCCAGAAGAAGUUUACUUUGUGCCAGAGGUAUAUUUGCAGGCGUAUCAGCUCGUACACAAGUCCCAAGAUUAUUCAAGAAUUCGUCAAAACUCAAUAUACGAGUCAGUGCUUACUCUACCAAGACCGUUCCUUUAACAGCUGACACUUACAGUGAUAAGGUCAAACGUGACGACAGAUUUAAGCAAUUAGAAGACUCUGAUAUAGAGUUCUUUCAUUCCGUCUUACAAGAUCCUCAUGGAGUUAUCACUGGUGAAGAAGACAUAGAAUUCUACAAUGAGGAUUGGAUGAGAAAAUAUAAAGGUCAAUCCAAGUUGGUAUUGAGACCUAAGACCACGGAACAAAUUUCCCAAAUAGUCAAAUACUGUAAUGAACAAAAAUUGGCAGUUGUGCCACAGGGUGGUAAUACUGGUUUAGUAGGGGGGUCUAUCCCGGUCUUUGAUGAAAUUAUCAUAUCGUUGGCUGGUAUGAAUAAAAUUAGAUCAUUUGAUUCAGUUAGUGGUAUUUUAAAGUGUGAUGCUGGUUUGAUUUUAGAAAACGCAGACAAUGCAUUGUCUGAAGAAGGCUAUAUAUUCCCAUUAGAUUUGGGUGCCAAAGGUUCGUGUCAUGUUGGAGGUAACGUUGCGACUAACGCAGGUGGUUUAAGAUUGUUGAAAUAUGGUUCCUUGCAUGGUAGUGUCUUAGGAUUGGAAGCAGUUUUACCUGAUGGUACUAUUUACAACUCUAUGAAUUCGUUGAGAAAAGAUAAUACUGGGUAUGAUUUAAAGCAAUUAUUUAUUGGUUCCGAAGGUACUUUAGGUCUAAUCACGGGGGUUUCUAUUUUAUGUCCAUCCAGACCACAAGUAGUCAACAUUGCAUUUUUAGCUGUUUCGUCGUAUGAGGCUGUUCAAAAGGUUUUUGUUGGUGCUCGUCGUGAAUUAUCUGAAAUUUUAUCAGCUUUUGAAUUCAUGGAUGAUAAAUCUCAGUUAUUAACUGCUCGUCAUUUAAAUGCUGAUCAUCCAAUUGAAAGUGGUGAAUAUCCAUUCUACGUUUUGAUUGAAACUAGUGGCUCAAAUAAGGAACACGAUGAUGAAAAGUUAGAAGGUUUCUUAGAAAGAGCGAUGGAAGAUGGAUUAGUUGAUGACGGUAUUAUUGCCCAAGAUGAGACACAAUUACAAAGUUUAUGGUCAUGGAGAGAAUCCAUUCCUGAGGCAUCUACAAUUGGAGGUGGUGUUUAUAAAUAUGAUGUUUCAUUACCAUUAUCUGACUUAUACGGGUUAGUUGAUGCUGCAAGCGCCAAAUUAAAGGAAGCCAACUUAGUUGGCAUUGAUGAUGAUUCCAAGCCUGUUGUUGAAGCAAUUGGCUAUGGUCAUAUCGGUGAUGGUAACUUGCAUUUGAAUGUUGCUGUUAGAGAGUAUUCUAAAGAAAUCGAGAGUGUUUUAGAACCAUUUGUAUACGAAUGGAUCCAAUCUAAAAAUGGUUCAAUUUCAGCUGAACACGGUUUAGGCUUUCAAAAGAAAAAUUAUAUCGGUUAUUCUAAGAAUGAUAUUGAAAUUAGAUUAAUGAAAGAUUUGAAAAAACACUAUGAUCCAAACGGUAUUAUGAAUCCUUAUAAGUAUAUUUAG